GGCUGCUUGUAGAAGCCAGACCAUAUACUAGGAAGGUACUGCAGCAAGAUGGACUUGGGAAAGGAUCAGUCUCAUUUGCAACUCCAUCAGACACCUGACCAUCGUCAAAGAGAGACCUUUGGUCCAGAAAUCAUUGGAACUUGGAGUUUGCGGAACCGAGAACAACUCAGAAAAAGAAAAGCUGAAGCACAAGAAAAGCAAACUUCACAAUGGGCAUUUGGAGAACAGAAAAAACGCAAGUGGCAGAACACAGGAAGAGGAAAUCAAAGAGGCCGGAAGAGACAACAAAAUGCAGAGCCAAAGAGAGAGCACCAGUCACAAAGAGCAAAGGAAAUUGUGGAGAAAGCAUCGGUACCUACAGAGAAAGAAAAUGAGCCUCCUGGAAGAGCAGCUGAGGCCCCUGCUUUGGUAACUUCCUCCAAAAACACUAUGCCUGAGGAUCAGUCUUCUGAACUACCUCUAGAAAGCAUUACUCAUGAUGAAAAUUCUUCUUAAUACCAAGAAAUAGUGGCACAAAACUGUGGUUCUGAAACAUGCCAACAUAUGGCUGAACCUGAAGACCUUGCUCCUAAAACCUACCAAGAGAUAUCCAUACUUCAAGACUAUUCAUCCAAAGUAUAUCAAGAUGUGGCUCAGCCUGAAGUCCUUGCUCCUAAAACACGCCAAGAAAUAGCUGUGAUUCAAGCUCACCCUUUCAAAAUAUGGCAAGAUGUAGUUCAGUCUGAAGUCCUUAUUCCUAAAAUGUGCCAAGAAACAGCUGUGCCCAAAGCCCCCUCUACAACCUGUGAAGUUGUCACUGACCAAGAAAGAUGUGCUCCUGAAGCAGCCCUAAAAGUGGAGGUGCCUCAGGACGGUCCAGAGGACACAGACCCAUACACAGCUGAGCCAGAGAAACCCACUUUGGGACAAGACCAAGCCGGGCCAGAAGGCUUUCUUCAAUCACAAAAAAUAGCUCUGCCUAAAGACCUUUCUUUAAAAACAUAUCAAGAAACAACUGAGCCUGAAUAUUUUUCUCAUGAAACAUAUAAAGAAGUGAGUGUGCCUAACAGUUCCUCUCAUAAAAUAAUCCAAGAAACACUGAAGCCUGAAGGAUGUUCACCUGAAAUAAACCAAGAAACACUGGAGUCUGAAGAAUAUUCACCUGAAAUAAACCGAGAAACCCUGGAGCCUGAAGAAUACUCACCUCAGACUAACCAAGAAAUACCUGGGCCUGAAGACUAUUCGCCAGAAACCUACCAGGAGAUACAGGAGCCUGAAGACCUCUCUAUUAAGACAUAUAAAAAUGAGAAUGUGCCAAAAGAAUACCUUCCAGAACCAUAUCAAGAAACAGGCAAGGCCCAGGGCCAGGAUUCUAAAGCACAUGGAGAAGAUGCUGAGGAUGUACAUACUAUUCCUCAAGGAGGCGCUGUUCAUAGCAACCCCACAGAAAUGAAAGAAAAACCCAAAGUAGAAGAACCAGAAGUGCCAGCAGUUCCACAUGUUCCUCAAGAGAUUGGUCCAGAAAACGAUGUGUAUAACUAUGUUUUGUUUUAA